AUGACAGCCAAAAGAAUAGUACUUUCUGAUGUUAGCAAUAAUCAUAUUAAACCUUCUUUUAUUCAGUCGAAAUUAAAUAGUCAAAAAGCUCACAAUAUUGAAGGGAAUGACUUUUCGGAAAUUUUACGUCAAUUACAUUCAAAAGAAAAAAACAGCUUAGAGUAUGAAAACACAAAUCAAAAAGAUUUAAUCAAUCAUUCUUUAUAUAACCAGCUUCAAGAAGAAUUGAAUGAAGAUUUUAAAGAUAAAAGACUAUCCUAUAAUUUUAUUCCUUAUAUUUUGAAAAAUAAAGAAAAUACAACUCGACAUAAAGCAGACAAUACUUGUACCGAUCUUCUAAAAUAUACUAAACCCGAUAUUAUGGAGUUAAAAAGAGUCAGAAAAGAAUUUUUUGAACAAAUUGACGAAUGGGAUACUACAAUGGCUCAUGAAUAUUCUGAUGAAAUAUUUGCUUAUAUGCAUGAACUUGAAGUUAAAUAUAAACCGAGCCCAACGUAUAUUGAACAUCAACCUGAUAUGCAAUGGUCAAUGCGUUCUGUAUUAAUCGAUUGGCUUAUUCAAGUGCAUUCUCGAUUUCAUCUUCUCCCUGAAACGCUCUAUCUUACAAUUAAUUUAAUCGAUCGUUUUUUAUCUGUAAAAGUUGUAUCUCUUCCUAAGUUGCAGCUCGUUGGUGCUACAGCGCUUUUUUUGGCUAGUAAAUAUGAAGAAAUUAUAUGCCCGUCGGUUCACGAAAUAGUGUAUAUGGUAGAUUAUGGAUAUUCUUCAGAAGAGAUUUUAAAGGCAGAAAGAUAUAUGAUUAAUAUGCUUAAUUUUGAUCUUGGAUGGCCUGGUCCAAUGAGUUUUUUGCGACGAGUAUCAAAAGCGGAUGAAUACGAUUUAGAUACUCGUACUCUUACAAAAUAUCUUUUAGAAUUAACUGUUAUGGAUUUUCGGUUUAUAGGAAUUUUACCAAGUUUCAUUGUUGCAGCUGCUCAUUAUCUUUCUCGUUGUAUGUUAGAAAAAGGAAGUUGGACAGAUGCACAUGUUUAUUAUUCAUCAUAUACUGAACGUCAAUUAUUACCUCUUGUUAGCAUUAUAUUGCAAUGUUUGCACUCUCCAAAAAAGCAUCAUAAUGCAAUUUAUGAAAAAUAUGCAGAUAAAAAAUUCAAAAAAGCUAGCAAAUUUGUAGAAAGUUGGAUGGCAAAGCAUGCAUAAUUAGAAUAUAUCCUAUCGUUUUUCUAAAUACAAAUAAUAACGAGC